AUGACGAAGGAGGAAGCAAUUUUCAGAUCGGCAGACAUGACGUAUGUGCAGCUGUAUAUACCACUGGAGCUGUCACGGGAAGUGGUAUGUCUGCUGGGGAAUCUUGGAAAUGUGAUGUUUCGCGAUUUGAACGCAGAUAUGAGCGCAUUCCAGCGUGGAUACGUGAGCCAGAUCCGCAAAUUCGACGACCUGGAGCGACUUAACGCCAACAUGGAACGUGUGGUGCAGAAAUACAGCCAGGAAACGUGGAAAUAUACAGUGCACAACGACAUCGACAACUCCACCCAGCAUCCCAGCCUCAGCAUGCUGUUGUCGACAAUGCAGACCCAUUCGAUCGACACGGUCAGCGACCUCGCCACAGAGAUCUCCGAGUUCGAGGCCCGAGUACGCCAGCUAGACGACUCGCUCAAAAAUCUGCAUGAACGGCUCAAUCUACUCAUAGAGCACCGCCAGACCGCGUACGAAUGUCACCGGUACCUGGAGAUCAACCCGGGACUAGCUGGACGGCUGGCUGCGGAGUCGCGUGGUCCGCGACUCAGUGGUGACGAAUUUCAGUUCGACGACGACAUGAUUAGCGAAACUCUCAGCGACACUUUUUCGUUCGAUGACAUUGGAGCCGCCAUCGACAAUGACAGCACCCAUGCGAUUUCGAGAAGGCCACAAUUGGGGUCUGCAGAGCUAGAGGAGGGGUUCAGGCACCAAACGACGAUAUUGGGCUCUAUCGAACGUGCCAAGAUCGAGACAUUAAACAAGAUUCUGUUCAGAAUGCUUCGGGGAAAUUUAUUCUUCCACAAUAUACCCAUGAGGGAGCCACUGGUCGUGGGAGAACAGCGUGUAGACAAGGAUUGUUUCAUAGUAUUCACCCAUGGUGAAAUACUUCUCAAAAAGGUGCGCAAAGUUGUAGAAUCUCUCAAUGGCAAGAUCUUUCCAUCCAGUGAGGGAAGCACAGCAGUUCAAGCCCUUAAUGCCCAAAUCACAGACCUGCAGCAAAUUUGUCAGACCACCGAGCAGACUCUAUACACGGAACUUCUAAUUGUGGCCGAUCAGUUGCCCAUGUGGAAGGCAGUGGUGCGAAGAGAGAAGCUGAUCUAUGCGUCUCUAAAUCUUUUUCGCGAAGAGUCUCAAGGAUUAGUCGCAGAAGGCUGGGUUCCGUCCAGUGAAUUGGUGGCUAUUUCUAAUGCACUUAAAGACCAUAGUGAGAACAUUGGGUCCGAGAACAGUGCUGUAGUCAGCGUCAUUAAGACCAACAGAAAGCCCCCAACUUUUCACCGAACUAAUAAGUUCACCCAAUCUUUCCAAGCCAUUGUGGAUGCAUACGGCAUCUGCACAUAUAAGGAAGUCAAUCCAGGUCUUGCCACUAUCGUGACAUUCCCAUUCAUGUUUGCAAUUAUGUUUGGUGACGCGGGUCAUGGUGUAAUUCUCUUGAUGAUUGCGCUCUAUUUGAUAUCCAACGAAAGAGAGUUUUCAAGGGCUCGAAAUGGGGAAAUAUUUGACAUGGCAUUUGCUGGCCGCUACGUCAUGUUACUCAUGGGAUUCUUCUCUGUGUACACGGGCCUGAUUUACAAUGAUAUUUUCUCUCUGUCAAUGACACUUUUCAAGUCAGGAUGGAAAUGGCCUUCGAAUUUUCAAGCUGGUGAUGCAAUUGAGGCAACAAAGACCGGGGUUUAUCCUUUUGGGAUCGAUUCUGCUUGGCAUGGGACCGACAACAAUCUAAUAUUCACGAAUUCUUAUAAGAUGAAGCUUUCCGUUUUGAUGGGUUUCAUUCAUAUGACAUACUCAUUUUUAUUCUCUUUGGUCAACUACAGAUUCUUCCGCUCCAAGGUUGACAUUAUUGGCAACUUCAUUCCCGGACUUAUAUUCAUGCAGUCAAUUUUUGGCUAUUUGACUUGGGCCAUUAUUUACAAAUGGUCUAAAGACUGGGUGAAGGAUGGGAAGGUGGCACCUGGUUUGCUGAACAUGCUUAUCAACAUGUUCCUGGCUCCAGGUGUUGUUGACGAACCCCUCUUUCGCGGUCAAGCAUUCCUCCAGGUCAUUUUCCUCUUGGCUGCGCUCGUUUGCGUUCCUUGGCUGCUCCUCUAUAAGCCGCUGACACUACGGGCUCAAAACAAAAGAGCUCUCUCUCAAGGCUAUCAAAGUCUCAACGAACAGACGGUGACAGAGAGUAUUUUAGAAUCUCAAGAAAAUGCAGGAGAAGAUGUGGUCGUAACCGACUAUCAUGGAGAUCACUCUGCAGGCUUCGAUUUUGGAGAUGUCAUGAUCCAUCAAGUCAUUCAUACCAUCGAGUUUUGUUUGAAUUCCAUAUCUCACACAGCGUCAUAUCUAAGACUCUGGGCCCUCUCUCUGGCACAUGCGCAACUGUCCAGUGUUCUGUGGUCGAUGACAAUCGCAAACGCAUUUAGCGCAGAAAAUCCUGGCUCACCGCUAGCUGUCACAAAAGUCGUUCUUCUCUUCGGAAUGUGGUUUGUGCUGACUGUGUGUAUCCUGGUGCUAAUGGAAGGAACGUCUGCCAUGUUGCACUCUUUACGUCUGCAUUGGGUCGAGGCUAUGUCUAAAUUUUUCGAAGGUGACGGCUAUCCGUAUGACCCUUUCACUUUCAAAGAUCUUGAGCAACCAGAAGCCUGA